AGCUAUCAUAUUCCAUGGUCACGUAUCAAUUUGAUAUAAAAGUCUUCAAUUGACGCUAACCAAAUCAGACUUAAAGCUCACACCUCUUGGAACACUUCAAUCCAUCAAUUCAAACCCAAAAUCAAAAUGUUCAAAUUCACCGUUGUCAUCUUUGCUGUCAUUGCUUGUGCUGCUGCCAAGCCGGGAUUUGUUGCACCACUUGCAUACUCUGCUCCAUUGGUUGCUGCUGCACCUGGAGUUGUUACUGCCACAAGUAAUCAAGUGAUUGCAAGGAACUACAAUGGAAUCGCUUCAGCUCCAAUUUAUGCUGCUGCUCCUGCACCAGUUGUUGCAGCUCCAGCUAUCGCAAAAUAUGUUGCUGCAACACCAUUGGCCGCACCAUUGGCUGCUCAAUAUGUAGCUUCACCAUUCGCUUCUUCAUUGAGAUACUCGGCUCCAUUGGCUCCAGCACCUUUGACCUAUGCUGCAGCUCCUCUCUUACUUUAAGAUGAUAAAUAUAUGGAUAAGGAAAUAAAUGAUGUUGGAUUGAAUUUUUGGAAGA